ACUGAUCUUCAGGAAAUCAAAGCGGGACUACUCCGGAAAUACCCAAUACAGACAAAGCUACUUUGUUUUUCAUUCGGAAUCCUCUUACCACCCAUGCAAUGGAUACGUUCACAGAAGACUGUUAAACGUGCCGAAAAUAUUUUGGUUAGACAUUGCCCGUAGGCUCUUGCAUUUUCCGUGAUUUUGUUUACCACUAACAUUUGCAUAGUUUCCUAGAGGGUUGUUGACGUGCUAACUAAAUAACAAUCUGUUUGUGAAACGAACGACAAGCACCGACAAUUUGCUAGAGCAGCAAGAUCUGGAAGCUGUGCAGGCUGUGGUUUUUGAAAGGAACAUGGCUUCCCAGUCUGAUCUGAUGGAGCUCGACAUGGCCAUGGAGCCAGAUCGUAAGGCUGCCGUGAGCCACUGGCAGCAGCAGUCCUACCUGGACUCUGGCAUCCACUCAGGGGCCACCACCACUGCUCCUUCCCUGAGUGGCAAGGGCAACCCGGAGGAGGAGGACGUGGACAACCAGGUGCUCUACGAGUGGGAACAUGGCUUCAACCAGUCCUUCACAAAUGACCAGGUGGCAGAUAUUGACGGGCAGUAUGCCAUGACCAGAGCCCAGAGGGUGCGUGCUGCCAUGUUCCCAGAGACCCUGGAUGAGGGCAUGCAGAUCCCUUCCACCCAGUUUGACGGCGCCCACCCCACCAACGUGCAGCGGCUGGCUGAGCCCUCUCAGAUGCUGAAGCACGCCGUGGUGAACCUCAUCAACUACCAGGAUGAUGCUGAGCUGGCCACACGCGCCAUCCCCGAGCUGACCAAACUACUCAACGAUGAGGACCAGGUGGUUGUGAACAAGGCCGCGGUGAUGGUCCACCAGUUGUCUAAGAAGGAGGCCAGCCGCCACGCCAUAAUGCGCUCCCCCCAGAUGGUGUCGGCCAUCGUGCGCACCAUGCAGAACACCAACGAUGUGGAGACGGCCCGCUGCACGGCCGGCACGCUGCACAACCUUUCCCAUCACAGGGAGGGCCUGCUGGCCAUCUUCAAGUCCGGGGGCAUCCCUGCCCUGGUCAAAAUGCUUGGCUCCCCUGUGGACUCUGUGCUGUUCUAUGCCAUCACCACCCUACACAACCUGCUGCUCCACCAGGAGGGAGCCAAGAUGGCUGUGCGCCUGGCUGGGGGCCUGCAGAAAAUGGUGGCCUUGCUCAACAAGACAAAUGUCAAAUUCCUUGCCAUCACAACAGAUUGCCUUCAGAUCCUGGCCUACGGCAACCAAGAAAGCAAACUCAUCAUUCUGGCCAGCGGAGGCCCCCAGGCCCUGGUGAACAUCAUGAGGACCUACACGUAUGAGAAGCUGCUCUGGACCACCAGCAGAGUGCUCAAAGUGCUCUCCGUCUGUUCCAGCAACAAGCCCGCCAUCGUUGAAGCCGGUGGCAUGCAGGCCCUUGGGCUUCACCUCACAGACCCCAGUCAGAGGCUGGUCCAGAACUGUCUGUGGACCCUCAGGAACCUAUCAGAUGCUGCCACCAAGCAGACGACCUUAGCUGAAGUAGAUGUGAUGCAGGAGGGCAUGGAGGGUCUGCUGGGCACCCUGGUCCAGCUCCUGGGCUCCGAUGACAUCAACGUGGUGACGUGUGCCGCUGGCAUCCUGUCCAACCUCACAUGCAACAACUACAAGAACAAGAUGAUGGUGUGCCAGGUUGGGGGGAUCGAAGCUCUGGUCCGCACAGUGUUGCGUGCCGGCGACCGCGAGGACAUCACAGAGCCCGCGAUCUGUGCCCUGCGUCACCUUACCAGUCGCCACCAGGAUGCUGAGAUGGCCCAGAAUGCAGUGCGACUUCAUUACGGCCUGCCGGUGGUGGUCAAGCUGCUGCACCCCCCCUCUCACUGGCCCCUUAUCAAGGCCACCGUGGGACUGAUCCGUAACCUGGCCCUGUGCCCGGCAAACCACGCCCCUCUGCGGGAGCAGGGAGCCAUCCCCAGACUGGUGCAGCUGCUGGUCAGAGCCCACCAGGACACCCAGAGACGUACCUCCAUGGGGGGCACUCAGCAGCAGUUUGUGGAGGGAGUUCGCAUGGAGGAGAUUGUGGAGGGCUGCACUGGAGCUCUGCACAUCCUGGCCCGAGAUGUCCACAACAGAAUCGUCAUCAGGGGACUCAACACCAUUCCACUUUUCGUCCAGCUGCUGUACUCUCCCAUUGAGAACAUCCAGCGUGUGGCUGCAGGAGUCCUGUGUGAGCUGGCCCAGGACAAGGAGGCGGCUGAGGCCAUUGAGGCGGAGGGAGCUACCGCCCCGCUAACAGAGCUGCUGCACUCCAGGAAUGAGGGAGUGGCCACCUAUGCUGCUGCAGUGCUGUUCCGUAUGUCAGAGGACAAGCCCCAGGACUACAAGAAGCGCCUGUCUGUGGAGCUCACCAGCUCCCUGUUCAGGACAGAGCCCAUGACCUGGAAUGAGACUGGCGAUCUGGGCCUGGACAUUGGCGCUCAAGGAGAACCCCUCGGCUACCGCCAGGAAGACCCCAGCUACCGCUCCUUCCACUCCGGAGGAUAUGGGCAGGACUCCAUGGGCAUGGACUCCAUGAUGGACCAUGACAUGGGUGCCCACCACCCCGGACCCGAAUACCCAGUCGACGGACUGCCUGACCUGGGCCACGCUCAAGACCUGAUCGAUGGGCUGCCCCCAGGCGACAGCAAUCAGUUGGCUUGGUUUGAUACUGACCUGUAAAUAAACUACUUUUUAGCUGUAUCGUCUGAUCUGAAUGAACCUGCAUUGUGAUUUGGCCGGAAGAGUUGCUGAGAGGUUUUUGAAAGUGGGCUAGUAUCUCAGAAAGUGCCUGACACACACUACUAAAAGCUGAGUUUCCUAUGGGAACACGGAGUGGAAGUUAAACUUUGUGCUGGUCUUUGUCGAAGUUAAAACUGCGUUAAAGGAAUUCCUGGAGUUGGCUACUCGAAGAAAAGAAUGCUCAAGAGGUGGAUCUAAAGAUGGAAUUUUAAACCUUUGUCUGUAUUUUUUUACAUUUUAUUUUUUAUGAUUCUUCAGUCUCUGUAAUGGUACUGAUCUAGCUUGCUUUAUUAUACUCAUCUUUUUUUUUUUCCUUUGGCAGUGAUUUGUAUACCUUACGUCUCAUAGUGUUAAGUUAUAUAGUGGCAAUGCUCCAUCAAUUAACAUUUUCACGUUAUGGUGUAGAACACUAAUAAUCAGUUGAAUUGUAUUCUGAUCAAGUGUAACAUUGUGUAGCUUUUGUAUAAAACCAAGAAUUGGAAAUGGUCCAAAUAUCAAAUAUUUUCUUGCUUUAAUGAGGGUGCACUGUUUGUAGUGUCACAACUGUUCCAAAGGGUCUGUAAUUGGUGGGUCGGGGGUGGGCGGGCAGGCAGGCAGUUAUUUUGAUCUGUCUUUUUUUUGAUGGUAGCUGUUAAAGGUAGUGAGAAUAAUGCCUAAUUAUUGUAGCCUGCUGUGCUUAUUGGAGACAUGGUAUGACAUGGCUAAACAAUAAAAUGGACUUUAAUUUCAGCUGUCUUGGUCGUUUGUCUGACCAGUCCUUGGUUAACAAAUCUGGGCAUGGUUGCAAUGUGUUCGCAUUUGUUCCUCUGAUACCGAUUGGCCAGCCUAAGUUGAACUAUUGUUCAGUGAAAUUAGUGGGAAGUAAAACAACAAGCCUGGGUGGAAUACAUUUUAUUAUAAAUAAAGGGAUAUAAAAAGACAAGGCACAGGAACACUGGCAGUUGAUGUCUCCUGAUCAGGGAUCCUUCCAAAAUCCACUACCUUGUUGCUGUGAAUUAACCAAUGUUCAAGAAGCCAAUCCCAGUCAGGAUCUCUGCUGCCAUGGAAGUCACAGCAUCAUCGGCAUGGGACCUGGGAUGACAAAGAUACCGGACAGACAUGAGGUCUCUUCCUCAGACCUUCCCUAACCAUUAGUCAUUUGGCCCAGUGAAGAGCAAUUGUCUCAUAGUGAUUUCUGUAAAUUAAUUUGACCAGCCGAAUAUCAGUCGCAAAGUCAAAAUGAUUGUAUUGUCUUUCUCCUAGUAAUUGCUAUUUUAGACUGCUGUUUCAAACACUGUUCUCUCAUUAAAGUCUCAAUGAUGAA